CUUUCUGCCUGUAGAGAAGCCAAGGGACAAGAGCAGAAACAGGGUGUGAAGACGGGCCCUCUCAGGACUUGAGGGGACAUAUUCAAAGCCAGCUGGUCUGGCUUUGAGGAUGAUCAAUGGAGUGAGUGACAGAGAGGCAACAGAAAGAAGUGGAGAGCUGUAGAGUGAACUAAAAGGCAAGAUAAGGAAAGUGAAUGCACACAAAGGGAGGUGGAGGUUGCAGCAGACUGUGAAACUGUUUGUGGAGCAACAACAGACUGUGGUGCGGUGUGCUGAGGAGCAAGAAGUGUACUGAGGAGAGUGAAAGAGAGCGCACAACAAGAGAUCCUGUUGCACAAUGUUCUAGGGAGUGGGGGAAGAAAGUGUGUUGUUUUGAUACUGUUGACGUGUCUGAGAGACCGGAAAGGGCACAGCCAUGGGGCGGAAGAAGAUACAGAUCACCCGGAUUAUGGAUGAGAGGAACAGGCAGGUUACCUUCACAAAGAGGAAGUUCGGCCUGAUGAAAAAGGCCUACGAGCUGAGCGUACUGUGUGACUGCGAGAUAGCCCUCAUCAUUUUCAACAGCUCUAACAAACUGUUCCAGUAUGCCAGCACAGACAUGGACAAAGUGUUGCUGAAAUACACAGAGUACAAUGAGCCCCAUGAGAGCAGAACCAACUCUGACAUUGUAGAGAAAUUGAGAAACAAAGGCCAAAAUGACUGUGCUAGUCCCGAUGCUGAUGACUGUUUCGGGCACAGCCCCCUCAUGGAUGACCAUUUCGGCAAACUAAGCGAAGACAGUGAUUUAAUGUACAAGCGCUGUGGUGCGCUAAACAAGAAAGAACACAGAGGUUGUGAUAGCCCGGACCCCGAUGCCUCAUAUGUCCUCACUCCUCACACAGAAGAAAAGUAUAAAAAAAUUAAUGAGGAGUUUGAUAAUAUGAUGAGAAAUCAUAAAAUCCCCACGGCGUUGCCUCAGCAGAACUUCUCCAUGCAUGUGGCGGUGCCCGUGUCCAAUCCUAACGCCAUGUACCAGGCGGGAGGGAAUCUGGGCAGCCAGGCCCUGGCAGCAGCCACAGCUUCGCUGAAUGAGAGCGGGAUGCUGUCCCCUCCGCAGGCCUCCCUGCACAGGAAUGUCGUCUCCGGUGGAGGAUCUCAGAGACCCACCAGUGCAGGAAGUGCAGGUGGCAUGCUGGAUACCACAGACCUUUCAGUGCCAAGUGGUGCGGGCUCCAGCCCAGCGGGGAACGGCUUCGUUAACCCCAGGGGCUCGCCGAGCCUCCUCAGCACGCCCAGCGGCAACGGCCUGGGUAAAGUCAUGCCUACCAAGUCUCCACCGCCUCCUGGAGGGAACAUGGGAAUGGGGAGCCGCAAGCCAGACCUGAGGGUUGUUAUCCCUCCAUCGAGCAAAGGGAUGAUGCCCCCACUGUCGGAAGAGGAGGAAAUGGAUUUGAACACCCAGAGGAUAAGCAGUUCCCAGUCCACCCAGCCUCUUGCCACUCCUGUUGUGUCUGUUACCACCCCCAGCUUGCCCCCACAGGGCUUGGUCUACUCAGGCAUGCCCACCGCCUACAAUCCUGCUGAGUACUCGCUGAGCAGUGCAGAUAUCUCCUCCCUGCAGGGCUUCAGCUCUCCCGGCCUCUCUCUGGGCUCCAUGUCUGCAUGGCAACAGCAUCAACUAGGCCAGGCAGCUCUUAAUUCUUUGGUUGGUGGAAGUCACCUACCUCAGGGUUCCAACUUAUCCAUUAGCACCAGCCAGAGCAUAAACAUCAAGUCUGAGCCCAUUUCCCCGCCCCGCGAGCGGGUCACCCCAUCCGGGUUCCCCCCACAGCAGCCCCAGCAAGGCUCCAGCCGGCAGGAAGUCCUGGGACGCUCGCCCGCCGACAGCCUCAGCUCGUCCUGCAGCUCAUAUGACGGCAGCGACCGCGAGGACCACCGGGCGGACUUCCAUUCCCCGCUUGGACUCGGAAGACCCCCUGCCGGCUCUGAGGACAGGGAGAGCCCGUCAGUCAAGCGCUUGCGCAUGGACUCAUGGGUGACAUAAGGAGCUCUGAUCCGGUCUGCAGUCACCAGCCAGACAGAGAGAGAGCGAAAGGGAGGGAUUAGACAUGGGGAUAAAAGACAGAGCGAGGGUCCUUAGAGCUGUCAACAUUAUUCUAUUAUUCAACUCCACUUCGAUUUGUAAUUCUGGGAUGUAACGUUGGAAGAUGUCAGGGCAUAUUUAAGUCAAUUCUAAAACUGAUACAGGAAGGUUAAAUAAUCUAAAUACAUUUUGGGCACUGGCAGGUGGUAUCAGGUACUUGGUGCAGUUCAGAAGGCGUCUGCAGAUGAGAGAAAAUUGUUAAGCGAUAAGCGGUAGAAUAUUGUAGCCACUGGUCUAGUCAGACACUUACAUGUAGUUGCUGUUUUGCUGUCGUGCUCGCAAGUUCGCAAACAAUCCCAGAAAAUUGUGUUGCUUUCAGGCUAAGGACUCUCUAAUUACAUAGGAUGUUCACGUCAAGAAGUAUGUCCAAAUACAGCGGUGCAAUCACACAAGUUUGGUCUAAAAGGGGGGCCUCUCUAAAUUUUUUAAAUCCAUAUGAUCUUUUGACACAGAGCACAUCAUGGCGAGGUCUUUCAAGACUCUUUAAUAAGCUAAAACAACUUUAAAACAACAACAUGGGAGGUAAAAUAACAUCAGAAUUUAUUGCAAUAAUGAUAAUUCAUUUUAUAAUUUAAAAGAGGAAGGUGUAUAGAUAUACAGUUAAGAUAAUGCAAACCUGUCCAGUUGAGCUGGUUAGUAAGCCAAUGUGUUCACAUUUGAGCAACAGUUCAUUAGUUAAAUAAGCCAAAGCUUGGGUUUUUGUGUUGUACAGUUGCUGUAAUCUCUCUACAGUUUGCUCAAAUACUGCCUGUCUUGUUUUUUUUUUUGUUUUUUUUUUCUCAUCAUACUCUGUAUUUUUCAUCGUACUUUGUUGCGGUGUGAAAAUCACAAAAAGCUGAUUCUUGAAUCCGAAAUCAAAAAGCCAUGGGCGUUUGCUGUUCUAUUUGUACAAUGUCAAAAUAUGAGCCAAGCGUUUUGUCUUUUUUUUCGUUGUUGUUGUUGUUGUGUAAAUAGCAACUUUAAUAUAUAUAUAUUACCAGGGUGGUGAGUACACCGUUUUCAAGAAAAGUAUAUUUUUGUGGUUUACAGCUGAGUUUACAGGAGUGGACCUUUAAGAAAAAAAAAAGAAGUCACUGGUCCAUAUUUCAAGGUUUUGUUCAGUCAUUUCUGCAUAAACUCUGACAAAUUUUUGCUUAUAGAUUAUUGGUUUUGUCUUGUUUGCCCUGAAUACACUCUAUGACGAAUUAAGUAAGAUCAAACUUUUCUUCUUUCUUUUUUUUCUUUUUUGAAGGAUGAUCAAAAGGCUGGGGGAAAUAGGGUUUCUUCUUACCUAUUGUGUCUAACACCAGGUGCUGAAGUUACUGCCACAAUUCAAACCCGCAGUUUUAGCUCACACAACAGAGAAUAUUCUAUUGUUGUUGCUUCUAACUCAACUGAAUGAAAACCAUCUCUGAGGCCAUUUGGCUCAUCCUGCCACUGGCUUUUGGAAUUUAACUCAACAAAUUUAAACACAGAAGAGCUGCUGGUGUAAUAAUCAUAUAUGCGGGCCCACAUGUGGUUGUAAAUACCCGUAAUAACCCAAUUGGCUGAAGAAAUCCUAUCACAAGCUUAUCCCCAUUUAGUGACAGUGCUGUAACCUUGUAGUAGGAACAAUAGGAGCCAGAAAUUUGCAAAGAAAUUGAAAGUUGCUUUGGCAUACAGCCUGUGUUAUUACACUGUAACAAUGACUGAAAAAAAAAAAAAAAAAAAAAAAAAACAGGGUUGUGGCGGCUUUAAUUCUCCAUUUCAAAAGGAAUAACCCAUU